AUGAUCAUUAUGACAUUGCCCGUGGGUGCAAAGGAGUCAGCAGGACCAUGCUUCCCUGCAGGGCAUCACUGCUAUCCUGGGUAUGGAAGCAUGUACUGAGGAAGACAAAUCCAUGGCGUUGCAUGCACAGAAAAGCCGGCAUGCUUGUCUCAGCCAUUCCAAGGGCUGAGGUCUUCACAGGUCACACGGGGCAGCUGGGACCUCCGAAGAACAUCCAGGGACUCCAGCAGUUUCUGCCAGGCUCAGUGUCUCGGGAAGGACCGUGGAGUGGAGCAAACAACCACUUAGAGGGCGGAGGGGCGAGGGGUGCAGCUGACAGGCAGCUGCGGGGACCCCCCAGGAGAAGCCACAGGUGACCCAGGACUCAGGGCCCCGGAGCAUGGGGCUUAUGGGACAACACACAGCUGGCCAGCCGCGAGUGACCCUGCUGCCCACACCCAAUGGCAGUGGGCUGAGCCAGGAGUUUGAAAGCCACUGGCCAGAGAUACCAGAGAGGUCCCCAUGUGUGGCUGGCGUCAUCCCCGUCAUCUACUACAGUGUCCUGCUGGGGCUGGGGCUGCCUGUCAGCCUCCUGACCACAGUGGCCCUGGCCCGCCUUGCCACCAGGACCAGGAAGCCCUCCUACUACUACCUUCUGGCACUCACGGCCUCAGAUAUCAUCACCCAGGUGGUCAUCGUGUUCGCAGGCUUUCUCCUGCAGGGAGCUGUGCUGGCCCGCCAGGUGCCCCAGGCUGUGGUGCGCACGGCCAACAUCCUGGAGUUUGCUGCCAACCACGCCUCGGUCUGGAUCGCCAUCCUGCUCACAGUUGACCGCUACAGCGCCCUGUGCCACCCCUUGCACCACCGGGCCGCCUCGUCCCCAGGCCGUACCCGCCGGGCCAUUGCUGCUGUCCUCAGUGCUGCCCUGUUGACGGGCAUCCCCUUCUACUGGUGGCUGGAUGUGUGGAGAGAUGCCGACCCACCCAGCACGAUGGACGAGGUCCUCAAGUGGGCUCACUGCCUCACUGUCUAUUUCAUCCCCUGUGGCGUGUUCCUGGUCACCAACUCAGCCAUCAUCCACCGGCUACGGAGGACGGGCCAACCGCGGGUAGGCAAGAGCACAGCCAUCCUCCUGGGCGUCACCACACUGUUCACCCUCCUGUGGGCACCCCGGGUCUCCGUCAUGCUCUACCACAUGUACGUGGCCCCUGUCCACCGGGACUGGAGGGUCCACCUGGCCUUGGACGUGGCCAACAUGGUGGCCAUGCUCAACACAGCAGUCAACUUUGGCCUCUACUGCUUUGUCAGCAAGACUUUCCGGGCCACUGUCCGACAGGUCAUCCAGGAUGCCUACCUGCCAUGCACUUUGGCGUCACAGCCCGAGGGCAUGGCAGUGAAGCCAGUGAUGGAGCCUCCAGGACUCCCCAAAGGGGCAGAAGUGUAG